AUGCAUCAGCAAGUACCUUUCAAUGGUGAUCACUCCGUUAGUGGUCAACACCUCAACGAGAUCAACGGACUGAGCGAUGAUUGCUCACAACAAGUCGGUAUCAACAGCCAGCAAGACCAACACAGGGUUAUUGGUAACAACUUUGAGUCGGACCGGCCCAUGUCUGAUUGUGAGAGCGAGGAAGACACAGAUGGCAAUGAACAGGCUUUACAGGUGGUUCGACAGCAACCUGCAAUCAGGAAACCACACAAGCAAGCACCUGUAGACGCCUCGGAGAGCGAUGAUAAUGUGGACAUGGACUCUGUUCAUCACUUGCGUACAGGAUACCGCAUCAAUUUAUCACGUCGCAAGAAUCGUUAUACACCGCCAGUGUCAAAUGCCAGUAAAUUGUGGAAAUAUGCAACAUCUGCACAGAAUCCGCAGAGAAUCCGUGCUGUCAUUGGCAACAAUGAUCAAGUUACAGACGAGAUGCGUGAACUUGUCGCUCGCCGCCUGGCCAUGCCGACAGCAAUUCCUAUCCCUCUGGAAGACGAUGAUAUGAACUUCGAAAAGCACCAGCGCGCUCUGGUCGAGGCCCAUUUCUCCUCGUUAAUGGAAGACACUUACGACGCCUUUGGCUGGCCAGCAUUUUGCACCGUCUUUGUUCCAGGCCCUCAAGGAGCACCGCCAGAGGCAAAGAUAUUUGAUAUCAAACCGAGGAAGGCACUCUCACUACCAGAUUGGCAGGCGAAGUUCGAACCAAAAUCUCGGCCUAUCCAGGCAUUGCCUCAAAAGUAUGCAAAUUAUCUCUGGUUGGAACAUGGUGAAGGAUUGCAGAAUAUCGACGAACCCAAUGAACUGUCAUCAUCAAAUGCUACCCUUCGUGUUGGCCGAGCUCAUAACAUUGACGCUCCUAUUCCCUGGACCUUGCUGGAGAGCAAGUUGGCCGACAUUGCGUGGAUUGACUACUUUCCCAAGACUAACGACAGUGGAUGUGAGGUACCCAUUCCUCUUCCCUUCACACCGAAGGCCGUGACAAAGGCACAUCUGGAACAUUGGUUGAGCUUCUUCGCGGAGCACCAGGCCAACAAAAUUCCUUGGGAGAAAGGGCUAAUCUUCAAACCGACACCAAAGGCCAAAGCCAUAGUCACAUUUGCACAAGAUUCUAUUCCACACCCUCUCCAAAGCUCUCAAGAUGCCGUAAAUUCCCACAAUGAUGAUCUUGAUCUUGGUCCCCCAAGCCGUGGACGUGCAGGCGAUUCUGUGGGAACUGGCAGUAAUGCCACUUGUCCAAGCGACAUACCUUCACAGUCUGUUAACAUAACCCAGAACCCGCGUCUGUUGGAAAUUGGCGUGCCGACUACCUUUCCAGACCAGUCUCUGCAAAAUGUUUCACACGUCUUGGGACAGCAAGUUAUCCACACCGGUGUAGGAGGCCACGACGACAACCUCACAAAUGUCAACAGCACUCUUGUGAACAAACCUUCCAGUUCAGCUCGGCUGUAG